AUGGAGCCACUAUUUACCGGCGUCUCAAGCAACGCCCACCAUCUCUAUACCCUCCUUUCCUGUAUCGGCUUCGCCUCGAAGGCCACUGUCCAAAUCACCCCCGAUGGCCUUCGGUUCUCUGUGGAAGAAGCCCGCGUCAUUCAAGGACUGGCUUUCCUCGACAGAGCUCUCUUCACAAGCUACACCUUCACUCAAGAGCCGCAGGAGAAUAACGAAUCCUCCGAUGAAGUUACUUAUCCAUGCUUUGUCGUUUCCCUCACAGUACUCCUCGAAACCCUCAAAAUCUUCGGUAUCAACGACCUCGCAGAGCCCAAUGGGACUCGAGAUACUAGCCUCCCUCAAACAAACCCUGCUUCCAGCGCAUUCAGCGCACCAGCAUUGCUCAUGGACCGGUCUUGCACUCUCCAAUACGCGCAGCACGGUGCUCCCCUCAGCAUCGCCAUCACCGAAGCCGGCGUAAAGACAACUUGUGAACUGGUAACCUACGAGCCCGAAGACGACCAGAGCGAUAUCCCACUACAACGUGACGCCAUAAUCAUGAAGAUUAUCAUGCGCUCUGCAUGGCUACACAAUGCAAUCGCCGAACUCGACUCUUCCAACCCGACUAUCCUCAAACUGUCUGCAUGUGCCACACGAGAACCGUACUUUGCCCUCUCUGGCGCUGGUGGUCCCUUCAGCGAAUCUACUGUGGAAUUCUCGGUCGACCAGCAUGCAGAAGGUGGUAACGAACAGGCCUCUCAGAUGCACAAGGUCCUCACAGAGGAUGGAACUUCACGACCUCGUGCGACCAGGACAAAGUUGGCUCCAACCGUCACUGAGACAUUUCUCGUUUCGCCGCCGUCUGCAAUGGGCGAGAGAAUCAGGGAAAGCUACCGCUUCGGCCUCAUUCGCAAAUCUGCGCGUGCCAUGUCUGUUGCCAAUAAAGUGAGUAUUCGUGGUGAUCGGCAGGGUGUGCUUAGUUUGCAAUUUAUGAUCGAGCUUGACGAUAAUAACCCUACUGGAAGGCCUGUUGGUGCCGGUGUCAAGGCUGCAGUGGGCCCGGUUUGCUUUGUUGAUUUUCGGUUUGUGCCGCUCUUGGACGAAGAGGAAGCUGAGAUGCAACUGCAGGCAGCAGUAGAUCGGAAGUAA